UCCAGCGCCCGGGUCGCUCGCUCGGACUUCCGGUUUGGGAGCUGAACUGGAAGGCUGGAGAACCCGGGCUGGAGCCCUACCCCGAGUGGGUGAGGCUAGCCCGCGGUCAGAAAUGCGGGUGGGUUGAGUGACAGCCCGAGAAGGAGAAGCUCCCAGGGGUGGGUCGGAGGGUGCUCUCAGGACGCUUAGCCCGGUCGGAGGCCUCUGGAGGGGCUCACGACGGCUUUUGAGAGUGACCUGGCCGGAGGGAGAGAAGACAAAGAGGCCGGAACCCCGCAUCCGCGAACCUUGCAGCCCUCGGAGCGCCUGGCCAGCACCCGAGCUUGUCCUCAGGAGACCCAUGACUACUGCCCUUUCGGACUCCCACUCUCCACCAACUCAGUGGGACUCUCCCCAAGCCCACCCGGCCCUCGCUUCAGGAGCCCAAACCAACUUCUCUCAAUGCGCGAGGUUUCCAUUCAGUAGUUCCCGGCUAUUUACUGAGCGGUUACUUUUGCUGUGAGGGAGAACAAAGACCCAGUAUUCAGUACUUGAUUUUUGUUUGGGGUGGGAAUUGGUAGUGGUGGAGUCCGAGGGGGCGGGGCGGACGGAGAGGGCCCGGGGAAGGACGGCGGAGGUACUGGGGGAGAUCAGCUGCGACCCGCUGGACAGAGGCUUUUUGUUGCCUUCAGCAGGAUGGUGACAUGCCUUUAGAACCUCUCGAGCUCCCAUAUGGUUCGAACACACUAUGCUACACUGGUCGGGGGAGCUUCAGUGGGUCAGAUUUGGGGGAGGUGGAAGAGGAACAGACAGUACUUUCUAUUCUUUGCUGCUUACCCGGGCUGCCCUGCAAGUCGCCCAGAAAUGCAGCUUUUGAAUGGUCUCUCACCUUCAUGCUCGGUUUUGGCUUGCUGUCCUGAAUUUGGUGCUACGUGGAGCAUCUGCGAAGUCAGGCCAGCUCUGGCAAGACUUCAGACAUAUGAGUAUGUUCCGUCUGAUAGUGCCAUCUCUCUCUAUCCUAGGAGGAAACUCUUCUUACAGAGAGAGACUCAUCUGCAGGUGAUUCUCCAAGGACAUGAGAAGAUGGGUGUAAGCUGUGGAACCUAGACCCUUAAGUGGAGGGAAGCUGCUUUCUGCUGUGAACGAUGGCCAAACCCACCCUGAGAGGGAAUGGCACUAACUCUGAGACCUUCCGACAGCGCUUCAGGAGAUUUCAUUACCAGGAGGUCACAGUCUCUGUGAAGGGGCAGGAAGUGCGCUUGGAGAAGAUGACACCCCUGAAAUCAUCACGAGAGUUAUUAAGUGUUCGGCAGGAGUCAGUGGAACCCCAGCCCAGGGGUGUACCCAAGAAAGAGAGGGCAAGAAACCCAGACCUGGGACCACAGGAGCAGAUGAACCCAAAGGAGAAGCUCAGACCUUUUCAAAGGAGCGGAUUUCCAUUUCCUAAAUCCAGUGUGGUCUCCAAGUUGGAGCAAGGAGAGCCAUGGAUCCCAGAUCUGGGCUUCAAGGAGAAGGAAUUCCCAAGAGGCAGUCACACAGGAGACAAACAAAUGCAUGCUGAUCUGUUACCAUCCAGGAGAGAGAGAAGAAGCUGGGUGGAACAGGAUCACUGGGGCUUCGAGGAUGAGAAGGUGGCAGGUGUGCACUGGGGCUAUGAAGAGACCAGAACUCUCCUCGCAAUUCUCAGUCAAACUGAGUUUUACGAGGCUCUCCGAAACUGUCAUCGAAACAGCCAAGUGUAUGGGGCUGUGGCUGAGCGGCUCCGGGAGUAUGGGUUCCUCCGGACCCUGGAGCAGUGUAGGACCAAGUUCAAAGGUCUCCAGAAGAGCUAUCGGAAAGUCAAGAGUGGCCACCCACCUGAGACCUGCCCCUUCUUUGAAGAGAUGGAAGCCCUGAUGAGUGCCCAGGUCAUUGCCCUGCCCAGUAAUGGCCUGGAGGAGGCAGCCUCUCACUCUGGCCUGGUGGGCAGUGAUGCUGAGACUGAGGAGCCAGAGCAACAGGACUGGCAGCAUAAGGAGGGAGAAGAUGCCAUGGCUGAAGAGUCUGACAGUGAGGAAGUGGGCCAGGAGGCCACCCCCCAGGACCCCGACAAGUCCACCACACCCGUCCUUUUCCGAAGCCCAAGUGGUGUACACUGGGGCUAUGAAGAGACAAAGACCUACCUUGCAAUUCUUAGUGAGACUCAGUUUUAUGAAGCCCUCCAGAACUGCCACCGCAACAGCCAGUUGUAUGGAGCAGUAGCUGAGCGGUUAUGGGAAUAUGGCUUCCUUAGGACACCAGAGCAGUGUCGGACCAAGUUUAAAAGCCUCCACACCAGCUAUCGGAAGGUCAAGAAUGGCCAAGCACCAGAGACCUGUCCCUUCUUUGAAGAGAUGGAUGCUUUGGUGAGUGCCCGGGGUGCUGCCCUGCCCAGUGAUGGCCGGGAAGAGGAGGCAGCCUUGUGUCCCACCCAGGAGACCAGUGAGGCCGAAGCCGAGAAGCAAGCCGAGGAAGCAGAUGAGGCCAUAGAAGAAGAUUCUGAAGAUGAUGAAGAAGAUACCGAGGUACCCCCAGAGGCUAUGACCCGUGCUCCAGUCUUAUUUCAGAGCCCCAGUGGUUUUGAGGCUGGAUUUGAGAAUGAAGAGAAUCUAAAACGGGAUAUUGCUGAGGAAGUACAACUACACAGGACGUUACUUGCAAGGUCUGAGAGGAAAAUUCCCCGGCAUCUUAAUCAAGGUAAAGGCAUUGAGAGUGAAUGUAGAUCAGGAAGACAGUGGGAGAAGACCCCAGGGGAGAGAAGAGGAAAACCAACAUUCCCAGAGAGGAGUUUAGGUAAAGUUCUAAGUCAUCAGAGACCUUACUUGGGGGAGAGACCCUAUAAAUAUCUCAGAUAUGGCAAAAGCUUUGGUCCAAACUCCCAUCUCAUGCAUCAAAUAUCCCCUCAAGUAGAAAAUCCAUAUAAAUGUGCUGACUGUGGGAAAAGCUUCAGUCGGAGUGCACGCCUCAUUAGACACCGGAGAAUCCACACUGGAGAGAAACCUUAUAAAUGUCUUGACUGUGGGAAAAGCUUCCGUGACAGUUCAAAUUUCAUCACCCAUAGAAGAAUCCACACAGGAGAGAAACCGUAUCAGUGUGGUGAGUGUGGAAAACGCUUCAACCAGAGCUCAAGCCUUAUCAUUCACCAGAGAACCCACACAGGAGAAAAGCCCUAUCAGUGUGAAGAGUGUGGGAAAAGCUUCAAUAACAGUUCUCAUUUUAGUGCACAUCGAAGGAUACACACAGGAGAGAGACCCCAUGUGUGUCCUGACUGUGGAAAGAGUUUCAGUAAGAGUUCUGACUUACGUGCACACCACAGAACCCACACAGGAGAGAAACCCUAUGGGUGUCAUGACUGUGGCAAGUGCUUCAGUAAAAGUUCUGCUCUUAAUAAGCACCGAGAGAUCCAUACACGAGAAAAGCUUCUCUCACAGCCUAAGUAAGCCCCUGAGGAUCUAUGAAGAAAACAGUCUCAUUACAUGUAUUGAAAUUGUUUAGAAAAGUCCUCCAAUAGUGAGAUCCAUCUCCUAAUUUGUGCCUGACUAGUUUAGGAAAUACUCUAGAAUUUACCCCACUGUUUGUUCCUAUGUUUCUUCUGGAUCUAGAGUCAAAUUCCCAAAGCAUCUUAAGAAUGAAAGGAAGAUUUCAUUCCCUCUCCUUGCCUUUAUUGAUGGCAACACCUUUCCCUCUCAGUGCCUAUGUUGUUUCCUUAAUAGAGAGGACACAGUAGUAGAUCCUAUGAGUGUGACGUGCACCCUUCUUUACUCAUCCUGUUAUAGCCUGCAUUUCAACUAGAAAAACCCAUCACAGCAGCAUUUCAUGGAGAAGUAGUAAGAAUUCUCAUUGAAUGGGUGUAGCUCUUUAUAUAGCAAUGGAAAUGCAAAGAAGAAUGACUUUUCCUGCUCACUUAACCCUGUGCUCAGAAUGAUAUAUUUGUCAUGCACACUCUUCCUUUACCUUAAAGGAGAGUUUAAGUGUUCAAUUUGGUUCUGACCUAUAAGUCAUUUUGUCAAGAACCUAGGUGU